AAGAUAAUGGGGCUGACAGACAAGCUGAGCAAAUCCCCAGCUGGGUCAGACUGCAAAGGGCUGUCAGACACCAGAUCCAGUGCAGGCCCUCAGGGGUUUAUUAAGCAAUAGAAUGGCCCACUUGAUGUCACCAGAGGGUACGUACCAAGACAGCCUCCAUGGUAACUACUGUGGAGUAGCAGAAGGGGCCUCAGAAUAGGAUUCAGAAGACUACGAUUGCAGUCCACAGCUGACUCAUUGGCUUAACUCUGGGCUGAACCCGGACUCCCAGGGCCCAUGCUUACACCUGACAAAUGAUGGCCUGAGCUAUGAGCAAACAGGACUAUAUGAACAUUGCGGUGCAGGAGCCCCCUCUUGACUACUCCUUCCGAAGCAUCCACGUGAUCCAAGAUCUGACAAGCGAGGAGCCAAGGAGAGGGCUACGACCACUAAGGCACUCAAAGUCAGGGAAGUCACUGACCCAGUCCCUGUGGCUGAACAACAAUGUCCUCAAUGAUCUGAAAGACUUCAGCCAUGUGGUUUCACAGCUGCUGGAGCAUCCAGAGAAGCUGGCCUGGAUCGACCUGUCCUUCAAUGACCUGACUUCCAUUGACCCUGUCCUGACAACCUUCUUCAACCUGAGUGUUCUCUAUCUUCAUGGCAACAGCAUCCAGCGCCUGGGAGAGGUGAAUAAGCUGGCUGUCCUCCCUCGGCUCCGGAGCCUGACACUCCAUGGGAACCCCAUAGAGGAAGAGAAGGGGUAUAGCCCGAGUCUUCCCCACAGGCAAUAUGUGCUGUGCACCCUGCCCUGUGUCACCACGUUCGACUUCAGUGGGGUCACCAAAGCAGACCGCACCACAGCUGAAGUGUGGAAACGCAUGAACAUCAAGCCCAAGAAGGUCCGGAUCAAGCAGAAUACACUGUGAGGUUCCGAGGACCCCAGCAGUCCUAAAGGCCCAAAGAUGACCAGUUUGGUUUGAUAAUAAACGAGUUGAGCUGUUCAGAUCAGAA